AUGUCGGCAGGCGAGGAGCUGGAUGGUGAGGCGGCAGCGCCUGUGUACGUGUACGAAUCCAAGGUCCAUUGUGCCAAUGUGCUGUUGAGCCUGGAGGAGCAGCGGCGGCAGGGCAUCCUGUGUGAUGUGACAAUACUGGUGGAGGGCAGGGAGGUACGAGCACACAGGGCCGUCCUCGCUGCCAGCAGUCGUUACUUCCUGCAAGCCCUGCUGGUGCACCAAGGGUCACUAGGAGAACCAGAGCCCAUCAUUAACCUGCCAGACAAGGUGACGGCUAAGGGUUUUGCUCCACUGCUCCAGUUUGCCUACACAGCCAAGCUGAUUUUAAGCCAGGAGAACAUCCAUGAGGUCAUUCUGUGUGCUGACUUCCUGGGUGUUCACAAUUUAGAAGACUCUUGCUUCCGGUUCCUUCAAGCCCAGCUACAGAAUGACAGCCAACAUGCCAUUAACGGAAAGAUGGAUUAUAGCGAUGACAGCACAGCUGAUGAUACAGUCUUUUCUGAGGCAAUAUCCUUGGAUGACUCUGCAGACAGCAGGCAGCAAACCAAUCAUGUAGCAAGCACUGCAUCACUUCCUGAUAACCUUCCUCAAUGUCCCAAUUACAGGAAAUACCAGUACCAGAACAGUGAGAAGCACAACGGUGAAAACCAUCAUGUUGUCCCGGUGAGUUGCCAACUCCCAGACAGCAGUGCUGCUCCACAAACUCUUCUUACUCCUUCCAGGAUCAAAGAGGAACCCUUUGUGUUCGAGGAAGAAGGAGAUGACAAGAAUGGAUGCAAUCCAGAGUUGUGUACUGAGGAGGUACUGGAGAUGGAGCUAGAGGUAGAAGGGGUUCCUGAAGCAGCUGAGCACUCUCCAAGCGGGGGCUCACCCUCUUCCUGCCUACGUUCCUACCUUCAGAGAGGUGGCCUGGAUCUUAGCAGAGUUCCCAGCACCACCAUCCAGCAGCUCCUCACCAACAGAUUGUCCCUCAACCAUUACAGGGAACUAGUCAAAGACAAGCAGAGGGAUAAGAGAGAACCUCUGGUUCAAGUGGGCCUCAAGACCAGAAUUGCAGAUGUAAUACCAGCAGCGCUGACUGGCAUUGGCAGGAACAUGGAAAGGCCUUUGUCCAAAGCCUCCUCCUCUAAACAUGAGGGGGAGCUAGACAGACGUAGUGUCAUUUUCUCUUCAGCAACUGGCGAGCAACAAAUGUUAGCCCAUUCCUACAUGGAAGAGAAGUUCAGAGAAAAAGUCUCAACCCUAAUGCACAUAGAAGCUCCUUCCUCUGGCAGGUCUAGCCUCGCUGCCAGCUGCCCUGUUCCCAUCAAGACAUCAGCCCACUCUCCUCCCCCAUAUGAGCCCCGAACUCAGACUUCCAGCUCCCGUUCCUCAUUCUCUUAUCCAGAGGAUGCAGGCAGUGGGAGCUCACCUUCCAGCCUGCCACAGUUAGACUUCUCCUUAUCCCCGCACUCGGGCUCCAUCUCUGGACUGUCUCACUGCCUGGCUGGUGUGGUGGAGCAGAGGAACUCCCACAGUGGAGAGGUCGUCUUGUCUCAGGGUUGCACCAAGAUCAAAAGUGAGAUGGGAUUUGGCGCCAGUGGUGGCAACUCCAGUGAUGAAUCAUGCUCGUUCUCAGACGGAGACAGUGAAAGUAGCGUCACCAGAAUGCCUGGUCCUGAGGUGAAGCUGCCCUUCCCUGUGGACCAGAUCACCAACCUGCCACGCAAUGACUUCCAGAUCCUCAUCAAGAUGCACAAGCUGACCUCAGAGCAGCUGGAGUUCAUCCACGACAUACGCCGCCGCAGCAAAAACCGCAUCGCCGCCCAGCGCUGUCGUAAGAGGAAGCUGGACUGCAUCCAGAACUUGGAGGGCGAGAUCCGCAAACUGGUGUGUGAGAAGGACAAGCUGCUGAGUGAGCGCAACCAGCUGAAGGGGUGUAUGUCUGAGCUGUGGCAGAACCUCUCCUUCCUCUCCCAGCAAGUGUGCAGGGAGGUGCAGGGCAGCCAGCUGCCCACUGUCUCCGACAGUAUCGACCUCACAUCCAACCCACCGUCACCUUCUUCUGACGAGGGCGUGUCACGGCAACAGAGUGAAGCUGCACGUCUGUCAGAGAUGAGUCCCUGUCAGGGGGCGCUAGAGGAUAGGCGAUCAGGGGUGGACGUGUCUGGUCUGGGGCAGGAGAACCCAGAGUGUGCACUGGUGCUUGGAUCCACUGAGGAAGUAUGUAGCCCCACUGUAACAGUGGAUUUCUGUCAGGAAAUGACUGAGAAAUGCACAACGGAGGAACAGUAG